AUGACGAAAUGCGGAGCCUGCAAACCAAAGACCUGUGUUCCCGAUCAUCGCCUACGGGCUCUGCGGGCUACGAGCACUCCCAGGCGUUUAGGAAAAGGUAAGGAAUUCUGCGGCAACUUUACCAAGACGGUCAUCGCGAACGUGUCUGCGGUUCCGAGCUAUACUAGGGGGACUUGUGCAACAAAAAUCAUCUCAAAAGUUGGCUUAGCAUAUUCUUGCUUGCCCACGACGACGGAAACCGAGCUUAGAUAG